AAAUAAUCCAGAAAAAAACUGAAAUUUCAAAAACAUGUUAAGAGAGAAAGGGAGAUGGUGUGGAAGAAGAAGAUGAACAAAACCGAAAGUAUUUGCCUUGAAUUAUUUUCCGUCAUCGUCUUCCUUCGCGAGCUAAAACUCAAUAGAACCCUAAUCUCCCACAUCUCUUUCUCUCUCAAAGCUUAUCCCUUUAUCAAAUAUUCAAAUUCAAAGUCUCGUCUGAGCUCUUUUAACAGCCGCUGAAUCUGUUUUAACUUCUUUUUUCUUUUUUUUUCGCGCUCCGUCGCGGGAUACGGAUCUGGGUUUUCUCUGUGUGUUUCCUUGGGCUGAUUUCUUGGAAAGGAAAAGUUUUGGAAAGUUUGAGAUUUGAAACUUUUUUCAGAUGGGUGAAGGCGGCGGGGGAGUAGAUUUCCCGCCAGAAAAGGACGGUGUGUCUGAUGAGUUUGGUUCCGAGAGGAAGCCAGCGCAGAAACUUGACUUCACUGGUGGUUCUGAUGAACAUUCACUGUCUAAACCGGCUCCUACCGUCGUCACUCCCUCCGUUACUUCACCGGUAACAAUAACGUCGCGGCUUCAUCCGGUUGAGUUACCGGUGGUGACGUCACAAUCUCAAAUCCUUAACGCGCCAAUCAGGCUUCCAAAGGAGCAGGAAUCUCCAAAAUCUAGAGCAGGGCUUGUUGUGGAAAGUAGAGAUGGAACCCCUCAAAAGAAGAAGCAUUGCAACUGUAAACAUUCUCGCUGCUUGAAACUGUAUUGUGAAUGCUUUGCAUCCGGAACAUACUGUGACGGUUGUAACUGCCUCAACUGUUUCAACAAUAUUGAUAAUGAACCCGCAAGACGAGAUGCUGUGGAAGCAACUCUGGACCGGAAUCCAAAUGCAUUCCGGCCCAAAAUCGCUAGCAGUCCACAUAACAAAGGAUGCCACUGCAAGAAAUCAGGAUGCCUUAAGAAGUAUUGUGAGUGUUUUCAAGCAAACAUUCUUUGUUCAGAGAACUGCAAAUGUUUGGAUUGCAAAAACUUUGACGGAAGUGAGGAGAGACAAGUUUUGUUUCACGGUGAACAUGCCAACAACAUGGCUUAUUUUCAACAAGCAGCAAAUGCAGCCAUUACUGGAGCUGUUGGUUCUUCCGGGUUUGCUCCGUCACCGGCAGCUAAGAGAAGGAAAGGUCAAGAUAUUUCGUUCAACCAAGUAACCAAAGAUUCAUAUAUGCAUCGACUUGGCCAGUUUCAACAGGUAAGUAAUGGAAGAACUAGUGGCCCAACUGUUUCUAGGGCUGGUGGCAACAAUUCAUCGGUAGCUCCAUCAAAGUUUGUAUACAGGUCUCUCUUAGCAGAGAUAAUCCAACCGCAGGAUGUGAAAAUGCUUUGCUCAGUUUUGGUCGCUGUAGCCGGAGAAUCAGCAAAGACAUUAACAGAUAAAAGAAAUGAAACAGAGAAACGGGUUGAAGAUCAAAUAGAAACAUCUAUAGCUUCUUAUAACUCACAAGGCAAUAAAGAUGACAGUGAUGUCGAGAUGGUUGCAACUGAUGGUUCUAAAGGAAAGCCGCUAUCUCCAGCAACUUUGGCUUUGAUGUGUGAUGAACAAGACACUAUCUUCAUGGUAGCAGCAGCUGAACCUAAUGGUUCAAUGGACCCUGGUGACUGCAGAACAAACUCACAAGAGGAGUCAGUGAUUUUCGAAGAGCAGGAGAGAGUGGUGUUAACCAAAUUCAGAGAUUGCCUUACUCGACUUAUCUCUUACGCAGAAUUUAGAGAGUCGAAGUGUUCCAGUUUAGCUAGAAGGCAUAUACAGUCGCCCUCAACAGCUCCAACGGUGACUGUGAAAACAGAGAAUGAGAUUCAGCAAAUACCACCAGUUGUGAACGGAGCUUCUCAACCUACACUCAACAAACCACAGCUGUUCCAGCCGACGACCAUAACAAAUACCACAAGCAGUCAUCAUCCUCAUAAACCUCCAGAUUUAACGGAGAAGAAAGACCUCUGA